AUGGCCACCGCACCCAAGGAGUUCACCUACCAGGACGUUGCCGAGCACAACACCAAGAAGGACCUGUACAUGGUCAUCCACGACAAGAUCUACGACGCCACCAAGUUCGUCGACGAGCACCCCGGUGGUGAGGAGGUCCUGCUCGAUGUCGGUGGCCAGGACGCGACGGAGGCUUUCGAGGAUGUCGGCCACAGCGACGAGGCGAGAGAGACGCUGGAGCAGCUGCUCGUCGGUGACCUGAAGCGCCAGCCCGGCGACCCCAACCCCAAGGCCAGCCAGCCCUCGUUAUCGCCCACGGCCAACACCAGCUCGGCCGGCCUCGGCACUGCCGCCUAUGCCGUUGUCUUCAUCGGCGGCCUGGUCGCCUUCGGCGCCUACCAGUACCUGCAGCAGCAGCAGCAGGCCACCAAGGCUUAG